AUGGACAACAUCAGCGCAACUAUGAACAACCAUCGACGUCCCUCCAUCGCGGAAGACAUCACAGCACACGACUUGGACGUCGUAGACGCGGACUCGGAUCAUGAUGUGUCUCAUGAUCCUGCCACGAAUAUCCGGACGGUCCAAUAUCUUGACGCGUGUUGGGGAGAUAUGCCUCUUGAGGGGCGGAUGAUCCUACGUAAUCCUUCUAACUUCAGAGGGCUCCAGACCCUCCGCCUCGAUGCUCUCGACACGAUCAAUACGAAGCAGCUCAUGCAGCUCCUCAAUCUGGUCACUGUAUGCGAUGUGACCACACUCCGCGUGGCUCUUUGCAAGUGGAACAUCCUCAAUCAUACUCCUGAUCAGAUAUCCAGCCUCUUGCCGCUCCGACUGGAGUAUCUGGAACUGUUCGAGAAGCAGAACAACCCUUUCAUAUCCUGGAGGCCUGUCAUGCAAUGGCUGCUGGGAAAACGACCAGUGUGCGUAGUCAAGGACGCGACCAUCGUCUGGAGGAGCUUGGACAUUGUUCCUCUCCUUGAUCUCCUGCGCAAAACCGUCCCCAAUAUGCGGAGACUAGAACUCGUGUUGCACAGCUUUGAGUCCUGGGAUUGUUCGAAGUCCGGACGCUUAUGGGAACAAGCACUACCCAUGGACACCGCAUACAGACUCGCAAUCGGCUCGCUCGAAGCUCGUCCAUUUUGCAACAGCAAUGUGGCAGAGAUCGAUGCGACUCUUCAUUGGACACCGCUGGCGAUUGCGGUAAUGCAAGCUAUCUGCCAAACGAUCAAUCCCUCGAUCGAAUGGGUGUGGCUCGCCAUACGCAUACGGGAUUUGGACGACGUGGAUUGGGCAGCCCUCGACUCGCUUUUCGGCGAGCUCGACAAGGCGCUUCGAUGCGUACGCGCGCCAGACUUAUACUACGACGUUUGGAUCCAGGCGGCGGAUCCUCACGGGAGGCUGAUCGACGACGAUGGGCUCAAGCGGGUUUUGCAGAACUCCCUUCCUCGGUUGUACAACAGCCUUGCGAAGCCCAGGGUUCGCGGCUUGCUGCUGCCUGCAACGUAUGUUUGGGAGAUGGUUGACAGGACAUAUGAGCAAUUUGGGCUUUCCGAUCCAUAG